AGCGUUGCAUAUUUUCUCUUUAUGUUUAGUUAUAUAUAAAAAAUUUUACAAAAAAUGACACGUACAAAACAGCAAGCAAGAAGAGGUCGCAUGAGGUCAGGUUUUGGACCGCCCAUGAUGGGUCCAUAUGGGCAUCCUAACAUGGGUGGACCAAUGGGAAUGGGUAGUGGAGGUCCAAUGGGAAUGCAGGGUGGUCCACCAAGACAGAACCCAAACAAGUUUAUGGUAAACCAUCAGUCUUUCGAUCCAUUAAUGGCUGAUUCACAUUUUGGUCGUGCAACUGAGGAGCUUGAAGAUACUGAAUUAAGUGCUGCACUACUCAAAAAGACUCAAGAGCUUACACCAUCAGUUAGUGAACAAAGUUCAGUGCAAAAUUUAGUAGCUAAGGUAGAGUCUGUUUUGGAAGGCUUGAUCUUGGCACCAUUAGGAUUAAACAUACCAGUUGAUGAAGUUCGAACUGUUGGUUCAUACAAAAAAGGCACAAUGCUUGCAGGACACCCUGUGGCCGACUUAGUUGUAAUACUUAAAGGAACACCAACUGCUGCAGACAUAGAAAAUCUAGCGAAGAAAGUUCAGGAAAAACUCAAAGAAGCAGUUCCCAACGAAGAUUUUCCAACACAAGCGAAUGAAGGUGGAUUUAACACAACAUCAAGCGAGGGUGCUCUUGUAAGAGUACUUGUCACAACUUUACCAAAAAACUUAUUUGAAGUUGAUGCAGAGAAGCAUGUCGAUGUGAAACUCCUAGAAGGUGCACUUGCGACAAUUCGACACGCAAGGUGGUUCGAGGAGAACGCUUCACAUACAACUGUUCGUGUGCUUGUACGGAUCCUAAAGGAUUUAAAGAAACGUUUUGCUGGCUUAGCGGGAUUAACUCCAUGGCUUAUCGACCUUCUGGCUUUCAAAAGCGCUACACUACCGUCCAACAAUCACGACCCGUUACCUAUAAAUGUCGCAUUUAGGCGAUCACUCCAGCUGCUAUCAGCAGGAUGUUUCUUACCCGGGUCAGUUGGUAUGAUUGACCCUUGCGAGAGCGGACAAGUGCGUGCACAUAGUGUACUUGGUUUGGAAGAACAAGAUCUGCUCUGUUUAACUGCACAGACGUUACUUCGAACACUUUCGCACGGUGCGCACAAUGAAAUUCUGGGUGUGGACAACCAACCCGCAAUUGCAUUAGACACGGACAUUACAUCUUGGGGAGGUACUAUCGUUACACCAGGUCAGCCUGCAUACAAUAAAGAGGAGCACAAGAAAGAGUCUUUGCUCCUGCAAGAGGCUGAAGAUAAAGAGCAAACUGCAUCAAUGGAAACUUCUGCAUCGACAACUGAGACAACAUCCUAAGGAAGGGAUGACGAUCUAGCUGCCGCUGGUUUUGUGACAUACACCUUUUACCUCAAGCUUUUCGAACCAUGUAAAUUAUAUUCUAUAAACAUAUUGCUUGUACAUUCGUAUUA